UCACCGGUUCCUGGGGUAAGGUUAUUUUCAUACUGCGGUUUCAAUUGCUACUGCGUAUAUUGAAUAUUCUUCAUUUGUAAUUAUUACUUGUCGGGCGGUAAAAUGGGUAGAGAAGAUAAAGCCACUUGGAAAAGCAACUAUUUUAGUAAGUUAAUUCAGUUAAUCGAAGAAUAUCCUAAGUGUUUUAUCGUCGGGGCAGAUAAUGUCGGCUCCAAACAAAUGCAGCAAAUUAGGAUGUCCCUCAGAGGAGCAGCUGUUGUUCUGAUGGGGAAAAACACAAUGAUGAGAAAAGCAAUCAGAGGACAUGUUGAGAGGAAUCAGUCUUUGGAAAAAUUACUCCCUCACAUAAGAGGUAAUGUAGGAUUUGUCUUCACCAGAGGAGAGCUUGUUGAAAUCCGUGAAAAGCUGUUACAAAACAAAGUUCGAGCCCCAGCCAGAGCUGGAGGCAUUGCUCCUUGUCCGGUAAUUAUCCCAGCACAAAAUACAGGACUUGGUCCUGAAAAGACAUCUUUCUUCCAGGCUCUGUCAAUCCCGACGAAAAUAUCUAAAGGUACUAUCGAAAUCAUCAAUGACGUUCACAUUCUCAAAGAAGGUGACAAAGUCGGAGCUUCGGAAGCCACUCUUCUCAACAUGCUGAAUAUUUCCCCAUUUUCCUAUGGCUUAGUUGUAGAAAUGGUUUAUGAUUCUGGUACCAUAUUCGAACCGAGGAUUUUAGAUAUCAAACCAGAAGAUUUGCGUGAGAAGUUCAUCGAGGGAGCUGCAAGACUUGCAGCUGUAUGUUUAGUAAUAGGAUAUCCGACUGUUGCUUCUGCUCCUCACAGUAUUGCUAACGGCUUACGAAAUCUCUUUGCCAUCGCUGCUGCUACUGAUGUUGAAUUUAAAGAAGCAGAAAAGUUGAAGGAGUAUUUGAAAGAUCCAUCUAAGUUUGCCAGUGAAACACCUGCAGCACCAGCUUCUACCAUUGCUCCUGCUGAAGCUCCGAAGAAAGCUGAAGUGAAAGAAGAAUCAGAGGAAUCCGAUGAGGAUAUGGGAUUUGGUCUCUUCGACUGAAAUCGUAGCAUGAUUUAUUUAUUAAUGCAUUUUAAAAUAUUGAUCUUUAGAAAUCAUUUAUGUUUUUCUCUUGUAUUGUUUUCUUUGUAGAAAAAUGUUUUAUUUAUUUCUUAGUUUUUAAAACUAAUUAUUCUUGUUUCAUGUUUUCUCUUAUUUUCAAAAGUACUAAUUAUGAUAUAUUCGUAUAACUUGAGAGAUGUUGCUAAAGAAUUAAUUUUUUUUAUUCUAUUCUUCAAAAGAAUAUUUUGGUUUUGUUUAUUUAAAUUUUAUUAAGUAUUGAGAUGAGGAAUGUUUAAACUUCAUUUAAAGUAAGAAAAUGUCCGGUUUGUUUAUUCUUUUGGCAUUAAAGGUUUAUCAAGUCAAUGUCUCAUAUUAGACAUAUUUAAAACAGUAAGACUGGUUUACCAAAGUUAAUUGUACUUAUAAUAAAUUAAUAAGUAAUGAAUAUAAAGAAUUUAUGUUCAUUCGUUACCAUAGUAGUUUAGUUUGUGAACUAGAGUUUGCAGAACUUAAUUAGAUAUUUUUAUAUCUAGUCAAUUUAUGCUCAAAGCAUAACUUUAUGUAGUGAUAAUAAAAUCUAUUUGACAAAACGAA